AAAAAAAAAGAAAAAGAAAAAACUUGGUGCUUGCUGCUUAGUUUAGGAGCGAAAAAAAAUUGAAAAAAAUGGAGCAGAUAAAAAAAGUCCUCCUUGCAGUAUCCUUUACCAAAGCCAUUCCUGGGAGGGCAAAACCCUUUGGUCCUUCUCGAACCCAAGUUUCCUUCGAAACGAAACCAGAAGAAAAUUUCACAGAACCCUCUCUGACUAAAGUGCCAGACUUUGUUUUUCUGUUGUAGAAUUUGGAGUUGGAUUCCCUGGCCAUUAUGGAAAGCUUUGGCGGGGAAGGGUUUGCUGUUGUUGGCUGUGCUGUAAGGAAGAAGAGGAGUAGUAUGUCACGCCGUCCCCGCUGUUCUCAACAGACAUUUAUGCAUAACUACAUUUUGAUGUCAUCACCUACGCAAGCCAUAGGUAGCAGUGGCAAUGAAGAUCAAAAUUUUAGGAAUGGUUCUAAUGGAUUUGGAAGUGAGAAUAAGCUGAAACUUAAGCUCAAGCUUGGUGGGGUUACCCGUACAAUCCACACAACAUCCACAGCAGAACAUGCCUUUGGUGGUGUGCCUACCUUAACUAAGUCUUCUCAUUUUUCUGAUGCCCCUCAAACCCGAGAGAAGUCCUUUCUCCUGGACAACAAAGGUUCCUAUCCUUCUGAUAAGGGGAAAGGCUUUGGGGUACAAUGGAAGGAUAUCUCUAGAAGUGGCUCUGGUUAUGGAAAGGGGUAUUCUUCUAGGGGAAAGUUACCUGGGGUAAGUGUAGCUGUGAAUGAAACUGACAGGAAUGAGCCAACUCGUAAGAGCAAGCGGGUUCCUAAGAGGCGGGUCUUGGAUGUGGGUUUAAAUAGUGACGAUGAUGGUGAAGAUGAGGAAAUUCGUUAUCUAGGGAGACUGAAUGCUCCAAAUGGUCUCUCAAACUAUAAAGAUGAAGAGGAUGAGAGAUAUGGGAGAGAUGGUGCUAUUUUUGAGGAUAAAGAUUAUGUGGAAGAAGAUGAGCCUAUAUCAGAUGAUGAGCCUGGAUCUAAAAGGAAGAAGCUGGGAAGAGGAUCAGUUGAUUUGUUGGUAGAAGGAAGAACUGAAUCAAUUCCCACUACACGUAAUCGAGCUCUUCAGUCUGGGAAAGAUCUCUUAUCUGGUCCUGUUGUCAGUCUUGUUGAGUUCCCUGAUGGUUUACCUCCUGCCCCAACUAAAAAACAAAAGGAGAAACUUUCUGAAGUGGAGCAACAGUUGAAGAAGGCUGAGGCUGCACAGAGGCGUAGAAUGCAGUCAGAGAAAGCAGCCAGGGAAGCUGAGGCUGAGGCAAUCAGAAAAAUUCUUGGUCAAGAUUCUGGAAGAAAGAAGAGGGAAGAAAGGAUUAAGAAGCAGCGGGGUGAAUUGGCACAGGGAAAGGCUGCCAAAUCUGAAACUCUUGCAUCAAACACAGUGAGAUGGGUUAUAGGUCCUGCUGGAACAACAGUUAUAUUUUCUGAAGAUAUCGGUCUACCACAUUUAUUCAAUUCAGUGCCAUGCAGUUAUCCCCCACCGCGAGAAAAAUGUGCUGGUCCAAAUUGUACAAACACAUACAAGUAUCGAGAUUCCAAGUCAAAGCUUCCUCUGUGCAGUCUUGAUUGUUACAAGGCAAUACAUGGAAAGACUCAACCUUUGAUUGCAUGCUGAGAUGAAGUUCCUUGAUUCAUUUUGGUAUAUUUUGCUGAGAUCAGAAUGAGGGUGCCUUGCUGGAGGCAAGCUGGUUACUCUCAGCCAAGAUAUAGGUCAUUUUUACUUUCUGAUGUUUGAGGUCCUUUACCUUUACCUGUUGACCUAAGCUCCCUCUUGCUAUUGUACUCUUUCUGGCCGCUACUUAUUUGUGCAUGACCAAUGUUGCAUGCACCUAACCACUGUAAAGAAAUCUCUACCAUCUCUUUUCCAUCCUCCAUUUGGUAUGUGACUACAAUAGGAAGUCAGUAUUUUUUCCCUGGUAAA